ACCCAGAGAAAGAGGUUUAGAAGAAAACUAGAAAACGUGAAAAAAUGCAGAGGACAACUUCUCUUGUAUUCCUUGUUAACUUCCUAAUCAUAUUUACCUCAGUUGUAAAUCAGAGUAGAGCAGCAACAUGCGUUAAGACUGAAGGCCCUUGUGAGAACUGUGACCAGAAAUGCCUGGCCAAAUUCGGACCAUCAGUUAACACCCAAUGUGGGAAUUCGCAGUGCUUAUGCAUCUACGAGUGCCCACCUUCACCGCCUAAAGUAUGCAACGGUGGGGCAGGUCUCUGUUCUCAGAAUUGUCCUGAAAAAUGCUGUGAUACGAAUUGUGCAACAAAGUUUAAUGGUGGACAUGGAUCUUGUGCCACGCUUGGUAAUAUUAAUUUGUGCCAAUGCGAGUACCCUUGUUAGAAUCGGUUGAUAAAUUUUUAAACCAGAUGGUUUUCUUUGAUUAUUGUAACCAUAAUAAU